GCCGUCCGAUGGAACUUUUCCAAGGCCCAUGGGCCACAGUCCCAAAGCCGGGCCAGACCCCCGGAUUCGCUUGCCAACUAGACUACUAGAGGCUUCCGGAACUCUGGCGUUGCUUCGCGCCCUACGUACUCAGAAUAUUUCCCUGCGGGAAGGAAGAUCAGAAACUGGAAACUUCAAGACCCCUGCACCCCCUCACCUAUAAAUACUCCAGUUUCCGAUCCCGAACACAUCAUCGAGAAGCAAUUCCAACGUCUCCAAGUAAAGAGAUCCUUAGCCAAGUUUCUCCAAUUCUUCGAAUUGCAAGCCCAUUCCCAUUCGCCAACCAGUAGAGUUGUAAUUAAGGAGGAUGUCGAUUGUUAGGCGGGCCAACACCUUCGACCCCUUCUCCCUCGACGUCUGGGACCCCUUCCACAGCUUUCCCUUCGACACCUUCCUCUCCCUCGCUGAGUCCCGGCCCAGCUUCAUCAGCGAGACCUCCGCCUUCGCCAACACCCGCAUCGACUGGAAGGAGACCCCCGAGGCCCACAUCUUCAAAGCAGACCUCCCCGGGGUUAAGAAAGAGGAGGUGAAGGUGGAGGUGGAGGAGGGCAGGGUCCUCCAGAUAAGCGGGGAGCGCAGCAAGGAGAAAGAGGAGAAGAACGACAAGUGGCACCGAGUGGAGAGAAGCAGCGGCAAAUUCCUCCGGCGGUUUCGGCUGCCGGAGAAUGCCAAGGUGGAGCAGGUGAAGGCAUCGAUGGAGAACGGCGUGCUGACGGUGACCGUGCCGAAAGAAGAGGAGAAGAAGCCCGAGGUGAAAGCCAUCGAAAUCUCUGGUUGAAUUCGUCCGUGAUGCUACAGUCUCUUUCAAGGGAACAACGAAUAGGUGCCGCUGUAUAAGUGUUUGCAUGGGUUUGUGUGUCUUCUUGUGUCUGAACGUUUGUUGAAGAGUAUCAGUAUCUAAUGUAGUCGUGUGCUGCUUUGCAAUGAAAUAAAAACAGCCUUUGUGAAUUUAGCUGGA